AUGAACAUGUCUCAAUCAGUUAUCGAAAUUGCACGAGAAGCGAUGUUGUUCGAAGAUGUCUCGCCAGCUCCAAUCAUAAAGAAAGCCCGAAGAUUCAACAUAAUCAAUCCGUUCACUUGGUUCAAUGCUACACAAGAAGAAGUUGAAGAACAGAUGAUUUCAAGAGAAAUGACCGAAGAUGAGAAAUUGGUGGCUGAAAUCAUGGAAAAGUUCAGAAUGGAUAAUGUGGCUGGAAUGGAGCGAAUCUUGAAAAAUGAAGAGAAGAAGAAUGGCGCGGUUAGAUUGGCAAACGAUGAAUAUCAAGAUGACGAAUAUCAUUGGAUUGAUGAAUUCUCCGAAGUCGCUGCUCUUCCAAAUCGGAAGAAAUCAGUGAGAUUUGACAAAUCGAUGGAACCGUCAACACCGAGUCGCCGCCCAUUCACACCAAUCUUCACAAGCACUCCACAAUCUUCACAAAAAUCAAUGAUUUCUGGAUUUUCAAUGGAAACAUCGACGAUUUUGACGGAGAAUUCGUCGAUAAAUUCAGCCAUGAAGGUAAGGGUUUACUUUUCAAAGUGGUUACGUUGUAUAUAUUAUUUUUCAUCGAAUUAUAAAAUUUGUUAUUUCAGAAAUGCGCUCCACGAUUUAACUAUGAAGAGAUGUCGCAGAGAAGCAGAAACUACUACAACAUCUGCGGAGAUAUUUCGGAAGAAGAAUAUGAGGAGGAAAUCGAGGAAUCUAUCAAAGCAACAUUUAUCAAAGAUUCGCCGAAUACUUCUUGCUCUUCUGACAAUUAUCCGAAUUUCAACUGCUCAUCGACCUUCGUUUUAUCUGGAAUUUCCGAAGAAUCUUCUGCUGAAUCUGCACCAAUCGAGGAUUCUUAUUCGAUUCAAAAUGCUUCCGAAUUCUUCGAUGAAUCGUAUUGGACAGCUUAUGAUGAUGAAUCGCUUGUCACAAUGCGAUCUUCUGAAACGAGCAUGUAA